UUAAAGCCGCUUCAAAAGGUCAAAUCCACAACACUCUCUCUCUCUCUCUCUCUCUCUCUCUCUCUCUCUACAGUGGCGGCGUCUCCUCGUGACCCAUUCACCCUCCUCCCACUCGCCGAAUUCUAGGGUUUCUAAUACCCCCCAAUCUCUGCUUACUCUCCGCUGAGAUCCCCAAUUCCCGGGUAAGAACUCCGCCUUCAAGCUGUUCGACGCGUGGACUCAGUGAAACGAGCCACAGAAUAAGAGGCUCCCGCUUAGGGGUUCUUCGAUAAGGGAGGAUGGAGAGCGCGUGGGUGCGCGCGAAGAAGGCGCUCGGGAUGAGCCUAUGCGUCGCCGUCCCGGCGAUUUUGGACGAGGACUUCGGCGGCGCCGGCGCCUUCGACGCCGCGGGGAGGCUCUCGGCGUCGUCGUCGUCGUCGGUGGCGGGGGAGGAGGAGGCGUCGGCUGAGGAGUACCGGGCGCUCGUGGGGCCGAUGACGCCCACUCCCACCUCUUCCGGGCUCCGCCUCUCCAGGGCGCGGACCAGGUCCUCAAAGAGAAUAUGUGCCAUAUGCCUUUGUGCCAUGAAACCGGGCUGUGGUCAUGCGCUCUUCACUGCAGAAUGCUCGCAUAUGUUCCACUUCCACUGCAUCUCAUCGAGCAUAAAGCACGGUAAUUCUCUGUGUCCAGUUUGUAGAGCCAAGUGGAGUGAGAUUCCCCUCCUCAGCCCCCCCACCUUCGAUGUAACUCUUGGACAAGCUCAAGCGAACCCAAUCGUAGACUUUGUGAACCAGGUACACCGGUACCUUCCUCUCUACCGUGAUGAAGAGCCGGCCGCUUUCAAUGAUGAUGAGCCUAUAGUUUCGCAGUCCGAAACAGUUCAAAUUCCCCAAACUGAAUCUGAUAGAAGAGUGGAGAUAAGGACAUAUCUGGAAUUCUCUGCGAUUCCGCAAUCAUCAUCGCACGAAGACUUUACUAUAUUGAUACAUGUCAAAGCCCCUCAUCCUACUUCGACGAGCGUGCAAUCUUCGCGUGCUCCUAUUGACCUCGUCGCGGUCAUUGAUGUAAGUGGCAGCAUGGCGGGAACGAAACUUGCACUUUUGAAGCGCGCAUUAGGGUUUGUGAUCCAAAAUCUCGGUCCGUCUGAUCGGCUCUCCGUCAUUGCAUUUUCAUCCAUGGCCCGUCGGCUCUUCCACCUCCGUCGUAUGUCAGAGAUUGGUCGGCAUGCAGCCCUGCAAGCUGUCAAUUCGCUGGUUGCUAACGGCGGCACCAACAUAGCAGAGGGAUUGAAGAAAGCUGCCAAGGUGUUCGAUCAACGGCGUCUUAAGAAUCCAGUUGGUAGCAUCAUCCUCCUUUCCGAUGGACAAGAUACAUACACCAUCUCCUCUAACAAUACCGGAGCCUCUAUAGACUACAGGCCGCUUAUCCCGUUAUCCAUUCUUCAUGGUUCAGGCCAAAGAAUUCCGAUCCACGCCUUUGGAUUUGGCACCGAUCACGAUUCAACUGCCUUGCAUUCGAUCGCGGAGACAUCUAGUGGAACCUUCUCUUUUAUUGAAACUGAGAGUGCGAUUCAGGACGCGUUCGCACAGUGCAUCGGCGGGCUCCUUAGCGUGGUUGUGCAAGAAAUGCAAGUAAAAUUGGAGUGCUCGGAUGCUGGCGUGCUUCUCUCUUCUCUUAAGUCGGGAGGGUACGAUAAUCAGGUGGAUACUGAUUCUCGAAGAGGAUCGAUCAAAAUCGGUGACAUAUAUGCUGACGAAGAGAGGGAUUUUCUUGUUUUAGUGAACAUUCCACGAUCGCAGCAAGAGACUACGAUGUUAGUGAAAGUGAAUUGCGCCUAUAAAGAUCCGAGGACGAAGGAGUGUGUAGAAUUGCAAGAUGAAGUGACAAUCCAACGGCCAAAGUUUUGUGCAGAUCAAGAAGUCUCGAUUGAGGUCGAUCGAGAGUGGAACCGGCUGCGAGCCGCAGAGGCCAUGUCAACGGCCAGGCUGGCAGCCGAAAGGGGCGCACUUACUGAGGCGGUGUCCGUGCUGGAAGAAUUCAGAAAGAAAUUAUCAGAGUCCAGGGCGGUAGUAUCGGGUGAUCAGUUUUGUUUGGCGCUCGACGCAGAGUUAAAGCAGUUGCAGGAGAGGAUGGCGGAUCAUCAAAGGUACCGAACCACAGGCCGCGCGUACAUGCUUUCUGGUCUGAGCUCGCAUUCUAUGCAAAGGGCGACAGCACGGGGGAACUCGACCGACAGUGCUAACCUUGUUGGUGUCUAUCAAACGCAAUCCAUGGUCGACAUGGUGCGCCGAUCGCAGAUGUUGGGUCCGCCCUCGCCUCGAGGCCCGGUCCGGCCACAGGGAAGGUAACAACAUGGUUUUCUUCAGAAGACCUAUAAAAGGGAGCAAAAAGGGUGAAACUUAAUUUAUAGUAAAUAUUUUUUCUUCCUUGGUCAGUACCUGUAUGUUUCUUUCUUAUUGUUAGUUUUAAGGUGGUGGGGGGUAUACAAAAGAAUAAAAUCUGGGGAGGUGGAGAAGGAAUGGGUUGUUAGAUGGUGUUUAGUGUUGUAAUGGGAAAAGUGUAGGUGCUUCUUUUUUUCCUUUUUUUUUUCCCUCUCUAUUGCUAAGCAUUUUGUGUUGUGGUUUUGGUGUUGUAUAUAAGGAAUUUUUGCUUGGUAUGCUUGUAACGUUGAGGGCAUUUAUUGAAGAACUUUUGCUCA